CGGUCAUCCUUCUGCGUUGUCUUCCAGCCCCUCUUUUCAUCCACUCCUUCAUCCCCACAAGCGUGCUCAGUACAAAGCAGUACACGCCCCAGUCGUAAUGUCGCAAACUACGUCGUCUGCGUCUGGAUCUGCUUCGGGCUCAGCCUCGGGUAGUUUCAUUUCUAUCCCACAAACCGCCGCCGCAGGAGGCCUCACUUUCACGCAACCCGCCACUUCGAGCAAUGCAUUUUUCAAAAUUGCCUCGGAUGCACCUAUUACAUUUGGCUGGAACUUUACAGGGCUCUAUGUAACGCCAACACAUUUGACGGUCAGCGCCAUCUGCGACAAUGGGAACACAUAUCCUGUAGGACCAACCGAUGGUGUCAUUGAUGGAAAAGCUACACAGGUCGUUUGGGAUGUCUUUUCAUAUCAGCAGGCAAAUCCCAGCCAGCCUCUCGCCGUAGCUUCAUAUACACUUUCAAUCUGGGACGACCGUGGACCAAAUCCAACUCGGGCACCCGGAUUCUUUGCACCAAAUUCGAACUUGAAAUUUGCCUUGUAUACACCCCAACCUUACACCCCUCUUGCAGACGGCUGGAAUUGUCCAGGGUGUAGCGCUGCCGAAGCAACGUUGGCGUCCCAUCCAGCAUUGGUUGCGUUCUUCGCCACGUUCGUGAUAAUGCUGCUCAGCGGCUGGGGUUUAUUACGCCACCAGUGAUUUGUUGUCAUUCUCGUGUCGUCUCGUUUUUGGUAGAUCUUCAGGUUGUUAUAUUUGGACUGUACACGGACAUGGACUUCGUUGCUAGCUCUCUCAGACAUUAUGUCAAUCACUUUAAUACCUUCCCACGUCUAUCCGCUCCUGUCACACAUCUCAUUGCUUUCGUUCUUCAGUAGUUCCUUUUCAUAUCUCGACAUGCUUUACAAUCAUGCCUCUUACGUUCGUCCCAGACAUGUCGUCGCCACUCUCCUCCUUCACUUAGUUGUGUACGCGUUGAUGUUUGAGAAAUACAUCACAGUGCUACCUGUCC